CCAUCUGCACUUGUGUUUGUAUGUCUGAAUGGGUCUCCAAAGUGCCUGCCAGCCACCACGAACGGCUUGGGCCGCCUCCCUGGCAAGCGUACGAUAUCCGGCCGUUUUGUGACCCGUGGUGGCCGACCUGUGAAAGAUCAAUCGUGCACGCGGGCAAGUGACGUCUGUUGUGAAAAACACAGCAGCCGGGACGUAAAAGAGCGAGAGAAGGCGCGCCACCUAAUCUGGACCAAUCAAUCUGUACACUACAUCCAGCCAACCUCGCCCGUUAAAGUGGUUGAUCGAUGUGCUGUGCUCUCCCCUCUCUCUUUUUUUAGGGUCUCCCCUCUCUCUUCCUGCGGCCGCUGCAUAUAGUACUCUUGCGUUGGCUUUAGUUUGCCAGCCACCACGUCCGACCAGCACAAACAAGACUGUACUCUGGGCUCCUCUGACUCCGUGUCUUGCUAAAAUAUCUUGAUCGACUCGUUGCGAGGUUGAUCAGAUGGCGGAGGAAGCGAAGCAGGAUGUGGCGCCACCCGCGCCGGAGCCGACCGAGGACGUCGCGGACGAGAAGGCGGCGGUUCCGUCGCCGGAGGAGUCUAAGGCCCUGGUUGUCGCCGAGAAUGACGCCGAGAAGCCUGCAGCUACAGGGGGCUCACACGAACGAGAUGCUCUGCUCACGAGGGUCGCGACCGAGAAGAGGAUUUCGCUGAUCAAGGCAUGGGAGGAGAACGAGAAGGCCAAAGCCGAGAACAAGGCCGUGAAGUUGCUGGCGGACAUCACCUCGUGGGAGAACUCCAAGGCCGCGGAACUGGAAGCCGAGCUCAAGAAGAUGCAAGAGCAGCUGGAGAAGAAGAAGGCGCGCUGCGUGGAGAAGCUCAAGAACAGCGCCGCGACGGUGCACAAAGAGGCGGAGGAGAAGCGUGCCGCGGCGGAAGCGCGGCGCGGCGAGGAGAUCGUCGCGGCGGAGGAGACCGCCGCCAAGUACCGCGCCAAGGGUGAGGCGCCGAAGAAGCUGCUCUUCGGCAGGGGAUAGAUAGCCGCGGCUUGGAGACAGUCCUCUUCGCUUCAUCUUCAGCUUCUCUCUGUUUGACCGUUGCAAUGUGUGCUGCCCAUUGCAUCACUUGUGUAUUUAUCUCUGGGAGUGAUCUUAGUUUGUAUGGUAUCAUCAAUUGCGUCGUGAUGUAAUUUGUGAUUAUUUUGUGGGAUACUUGGGUGUAUACUGUAUAAAGAUGGAGUAGUCUUUUCGUGCA